CCUCCCCCCUCCCCCCUCGCCCCUCUCUCUCUCUCUCUGCUCCCAUUCUUCGCCUCUUGCCAGUGUCAGACCCUACAACCGGGUGCCUCUUUUCCCUCUUUCGUUCUCCCCCCCCCCUCUCCCCCGCUUGGCUUUCGGUGCAGCUCUCCUCCCUGCCUCCCCCCGGCCCACCUUCACUCCGAGACACCAUGUUCAUCGAGAAGGAGCUCUACCAUGACCUGAAGCUGGACCCGCAAUACUUUGGACCCGACCUGAAGGAGCGGGUGUUGGACAUCUUCCACCAGCAUGUGUCGGGGCGGUGUGACGAGAAGGACGGCUAUGUUGUGGCGGUCCUCCGGGUGAUUGCCAUCGAGCCGGGUCGGACGAUCGAGGGCGAAGGCCUGGCUGUCUUCCGAGUCAAGUACCGCGCCAUCGUUCUGCACCCGUUCCCGCAGCAGGUGGUCAGCGCCGUGGUGACUGAUGUCAGCCCGCAAGGAUUUUUCUCGCGCAUCGGUCCGGUCACCAUCUUCACUCCCCGGACGUAUAUCCCGGACUACUUCAGCUACAAUGGCGACAUUUCCCCGCCGCAAUAUCAGUAUGAGCAGGAAAACCUUCACAUCCGCAAGGACACCUGUGUUCGCAUUCGGCUCAUCAGUGUGACCUUCGAGAACCAGCAUUUGGUCUGCAAUGGAACCAUCAACGACCACUACCUGGCCAUCUAGGGUACGAUGCGCAACACCCGCCUCCCCGGGAGGGAGAGAAGUGUCCGACAAAGUACCGGAACAAUAAACAACAAACAUUUCAUA